AUGUCUACCAUACAAGGCAAGCAUGUCGGUCCUAUUGGUCUAGGCCUACUCAAUUUGACCAAUCCGGCUAAAAACUUAUCACGAGAGCAGGCAUUUGCCGUGCUCAAACAGGGUCUCGACUCUGGUGCAACAUUCUGGGAUGGUGGAGAGAAUUACGGGACUCCUGACGCCAACUCUCUUCAUCUGCUGCGUGAUUACUUCGCGAAGUAUCCCAACGAUUCAGAGAGUGUGGUUUUAUGCAUAAAGGGUGGCUUGCGUCCGGACCGAACGUCAAACGGUACUCCAGAAGGAGUUCGGAGGACAGUGGAUAACUGCCUUAAGAUCCUUGCGGGACACAAAAAGCUUGACCUUUACCAGUGCGCUCGAGUUGACCGUGAGACACCAAUUGAGGACACAAUCAAUACACUUGCUGAACUUGUCAAAGAGGGGAAGAUUGGUGGCAUCUCCCUCAGUGAGGUCAGCGCGAACACCAUCCGAAGAGCGGUCAAAGUCCACCAAAUCUCUGCUGUCCAGGUCGAGGUCUCGCUCUGGGAAGACCAUGUCUUGAAAGACGGCAUUGCUGAUGUCUGCGCGGAGUUUGGUAUACCAAUCAUCGCCUACUCGCCUAUUGGCCGUGGCUUCCUCUCUGGGCAAUUGAAGAGUGUUGAUGACCUCCCAAAAGAUGAUUUUCGUCAUAUCCUUCCCAGAUUUUACCCAGAAAACUUUGGCAAAAACAUGGAGCUUGUCGAAAAGGUCAAAAUCAUUGCGGAGAAGAAUGCCAUCACGACUGCGCAACUGGCGAUUAACUGGGUUCGACAACUAUCACAACGACCUAACAGCCCUGUCUUCAUUCCGAUCCCGGGCGCGUCCAGUAGUGACAGGGUGAAGGAAAACUCCCAGGCUAUUGAUCUGGCUCAGGAGGAUCUAGCAGAGAUUUCAGCACUGGUCGAUGGGUUUGAGACUUCUGGAGAGCGCUACCCUGAGCCGUGGCAAAGCCAGUUGAAUGGGUAG